AUGAUUAAAAACUAUGUAAAGCGAGCCCUCCUUUAGAGGUAUUUACCAACAACAGGUUGUUUUUACGAGUUUUCAGAGUCUUAGGAUACAGAAAAAAAGAAGACUAGGUUAAAAUAUACUUAUGAAGAAUAAUAAGAAAUCAAUAGAUAAAAAUAAAGUAAUAUUCUCAUUCAUAUUAAGGCAAUUUUUUAUUAAAAAGGAUUCUAUUAAGCUAUUAUAGAUAUAAACCUAAUAAAGAAGAGAUGAUCAAGAAAAUAAACUAAUAUUUCAACCCAAAAAAGUAAAAAGCUGAAGAAGCAAUCACUGAGACACAAGAAGGUGAAGAAGGCUAAGAAGGUCAAAAACCAAUAAAAAGAGUUUCUCGUAUUAGUAGGACUAGUAAAUAGAGAAUCUUUAGAGACUUAGUACAUGAAAAGAAGAUCUUCAAAUAUAAAAGAGAUUAUAUAUUUUCUAACAAAAUAAGACCAUAUAAGCCUACAAAAGAAGAUAUCACAGAAUAAAUGAAUAGAGAACUUACAGGUCAAAAAUAGAUAACUAAUCCAAAUUUAUUUGAUAAAUUUAAAUAAAGAUAGAGAGAUUUUGAAAAUUAUAAUUUGACUAACCUCAUUAUGAGAUAUGAUAGUUUUCAACCAUCUCAAGUUUAUGAAUUUUUGAAAUCUCAUUUUACUAGUGGACUUUAUGGAUUUAUGAAAGAAGAAUAAUUUACGUAUUUUUAAAUAUAUAUUAAUAGAACUUUAAUUUUUAACAGACCAUCAUUUUAAAUAUAUCUUAAUCAAUUACCUGAAUAAUUCUAUGUUCAUUAUUAGAAGUAUUUAAAUCCAGAAAAUAUUAAUUAAAUUAUUAAAGAAAUAGAGUAUAAGAAUACUAAAUUUUUACCAAUCCUCAGAUUUUGUGAAUUGAAGAACAAAGAAUUGUAUUUUGAAGAUUAAGAAAAAUUUGAUUAAUUUCUUAAGAAAGUCCCAGAAUAAGAUUAACUAUUACUAUAAUAUUUCUUUUUUAAUGAAAAUGCUUCUAAAUUACUUAAUUAUGAAUCUUUUCUUAAGGGUAUUUUAAAUAUCUAAUGGGGGGGUUAAGUAAAUUAGGAAUCAUUAAAAUAAUAACUUGUUACUCUAUUGAAUGUUAAAUUUAAGAUUAAUUUAAAUAAAGAAUUGUAAUUAUAUUUAGCAGAUUUAUUUUUUGGAUCUGAAACAUUUGAUAAAGCAAUUAUAGCUAUUGCAUUAUAAUAUUUAUUAUUAUAAAGAUUGACACAUGCUUUUCCAAUCAAAGACAUUUUAGAAAUUUUUAAAUAAACAAUGGGAGAUGAAAGAUAUACUUUUUAUUUAGAAUAGGAAUUACCAUAAAUUUUAUAAAACCUAAAUGUUAAAACAUAUUAUUCAUUGUACUAAAAAGGACUAAUUGAAUAUCAACAACAAAAAUCAAGUAUAUAAAUAUUUAAAUUAUAGAAAAACCAUUGACUUUAUAAAAUUAUACAAAUCUUGAUGGAAUAUUCUUAAAAGGGAAAUAUAUUGAGGUUUCUUAAUUUUAAAUUCGCUAUAAUCCAAGUUCAUCUAAUUUAAUAUACUCUAAUCAAACUAUUGCAUAUGACGUCAAAGAAAAUGCAAUUAAAGAGGCUGUUUUACAAAACUCUACAUUAUUAUUAGAAAAAGAAUUAUCUUCUCUCUUUCACUAUAAAAAUUAUAAAUCUGAUAUUGUUGAUGUUGCACAUAGAUUAGUUUACAGGAAAAAUCUAUAACAUAGAAACUUUUUAAGAUAUAAUCUGACAAAAUAAUUCUUACAAAGAAAAAGAAAAUUGAGAAAAUAUAAGCAUAGGGCAGAAAUAUCAAAAGAAUUGGCUGAUCUUUAAACUCGUUUAAGAAAACAUUCAAAAAUUUAACCACUUUUAUAAACUAUUUGUCCAGUUUAAGUUUAACCAGAAUAAACACCUACAGAAGAAGGUUAAGAAAAGCCAUAAGAAACAUAAGAAACAACAACUGAGGAAUAACCUUAAGAAAAGACUUUGGAAGAAGAAAUCUUUUCCCUCACAGAAGAGAAAUAAUAAUAUAAUUAAAUAAGAUUAGCUAGAGUUAAAACCUUUACAAAGUUUUCUAAAAUUUUACAUAAUAUCAUUAUUGAAAACCGUCCAAUGAUUAAAGAAUAUAGAGAGAAAUAAUUUGUUUAAAAACUAAAAUCAAACUUUUGCACUUAAAAAUAUUAAGAAAUUCCAAAAGAUGAAGGAACAGGAUUCAUGAAUUAUUUAAAAUCUGUUGAAUCAAUUGAUUUAGAAGUUAAAUAAUAAGAAGAAUUAAAUUAAUUAUAAUAAUAAAAGAAAUAAUAAUAGUCAAGAAAGCAUGGAAAGAUUCUUUUAGAGAAAGGAGAGACAUAAUAACUUAAAUCAAUAUUUUCAGAGGAUGGUGAUAAGUAAUAUAUUAUUAAUAAUUUCUUAGUUUAAUCAGAAUUAGAUAAGAGUAGAAAAAAUAAUCAGAAAUGUUCUAAAAAGUAGAAUAACCAUAAAGAUUUAGAAGAACUAAAGCUAGUGAUACAAAUGAAUAAGUUCAUAAAUUACCCUUUGAAAGUACUGAAUAAGAUAAACCAAUUUAACCUCAAUUAUAAGAAUAAUAUGUAAUUGAUAAUUAAUUGUACAAUACAGAUUUAAGUGCUAAAGCUCAUUUUUAGAUUGAAUAAUUAUUUAAAGAAGAUUAGUCAAGAUAAUAAUUAGUUGAAGAUGUUUAAAGCUUUUUAAGUGGAAUCAAAUCAAGUGAAGAUGGUUAUCACUAAUAUUUGAUAUCUGAACUUAUUUAGGCAUUAGAAGCUAAAAAACCUUUAGAAUCAAAAAUAAUAUUUACAUAGAUCAUUUGUUAAGUUAAGAAUAAGAUUGAAGUGAAUGAAAAGAUAAGAGUGAAAUAUACUACAUAAUAUGGAGAUAUUGAAAAGAAUUAUGGAAAAUAUAUUAAUCAGACUUGCACACCAUUUUCAAUUGGAUCAAAAGGAUAUAAUUAUUUAUUGGAUUACAUUAUGUAAGAAGGAAAUUAUAACAGAUUAUUAUAUAAGAGAGUAUUAGCUCAUUAUUGUCUUUAUGAAACUGUACUUUAUGAUUCUACAUUUGAAAAGAUUACAUAAAUUACUAAGAAUAAUAAAAUUCCUUAAACUUGUGCUGAAUUCUUUUAUGCAUUUUUGUCAACUAAAAUAACUAUCAAUUUUACAUAAAUGAGAAAGAUUGUUAAUUUAUUAUAUUAAUUUAAACAUUUUGAAGCAGAAGCUGAAUAAUUGAUUAUUGGAUUCUAUUAUGCUUAUUAAUGGGUAUUAAAGUUUGAAGAAUUAUAACCAAUAUUUUAAAGAUUAAUUAAUUAGAAUAAGAGAGAUAGAUAUAUGUCUUUGUAUGAAUCUUUGAAAGAUUAAUUAAUGGGAAGAAAACUUAGAUAAAUUCCAACUUAAGAUCCAGUUGAAGUCAAUAAAAUUAUGACUGAAUAUAAAUAAUAAUAAAAGGACUAACUUAAAGAAUUUGUAAGAAAAUUUUCAUAAUUAUUGUUGGAUUCUAAAUUACCAGAUGAUGCAAGAUUAGUUAUCAAUGAUGCUAAGAGAUUUAGAUAUUAAUAUGAUAUACUUGAUUAUAGACUUUGGCUUUUAUCUCAUGUCAACUUUUUUGAAGAUGCCUUAAAAAUUUGGGCUGAUUAUGGUGUCAAAUUUCCUAAUGUUUAUGACAUUACAAUGUUAAAAGCCUUUUUAUAAUUAUUAUAAUAAUAAGAAAAUGCUAAUGAAUCAGAUGAUACCAAGGCAUUAUUUUAAGAUGUUAUUCGUGUUUAUAUCUUUGAAAAGAAAAUUCCCUUGGAUCAUGAUUUAAUAUUUGAAAUUACAAAUACUUAUAAGAGAUUAAAAGAAUUUACAAGUUAUUAGAAUUUCAUGAAAUUCUUACUAGAAAUAAGAUAUAAAUGCAUACCUUCCCAUAAGUAUUUGUUUUAUAAAAUGAUGAAUUUUACUGAAAUAGAUAGUGUCAAAGAAACAAUAAAAGGAAUUAUUGACAUUCUUUUUAAGGAUGAACAACAAAAUAAAAGAAAAGAUGGAAAAUAAAAAUAAAAUAAAUAGGAAGAGGAAGUGAAUUAUGAUCUUGGUAAUAAAGGUCCAAAUCCUUUACAUAUUUAAGAUCUCACAAAGGAAGUAAUUUUAUAUAAUUAAAUUUAGAAUAAAUUAAAUAACAAGAAAAAGAGAGGUGUUCUAGUGAGAGGUGGCAAAAGUAAGUUUUCCCAAAUAGAAACAGACGGUUUAGCUGAUAAAAAUUCAGAAGAAGAAGGAAAAACUGGAAAAGAUGGUAAAGCAACAAAAGAUGCCAAAGCAACAAAAGAGUGAG